ACCCCAUACCAAGCCUUACAGAUUUGAUACCUCCGUGACUUACUAGUAUCGCAAAAAGCCUUGCUCUUUGCCUAGAAUAGAAGGACAUCAUUCUUGGCUAGAUUUUCUGCUGUCAAAGUGGGGAAGCGUGGCCGAGACCCCCUGGCCAGUUCAUGGCACCUUCCCUACGCCUGCCCACAUGACUGGCAAAACGCCGACCUCCGCCAAAACACCAAUUCUCAUUGAUAGUAGUCGAUACGGCCGUCACUUUUAAAGACAGGAGGCAACGCCGCUGCAUAACUGUUCGUCUAAUUUCCUUAUUCCAAUUAAUGGUUGGACACGAGUCGAGUACAAGCCACCUCACGUCAUCGUCAAUACAGCCAUUCGCACGUUCGUUCGCUCGCGCGUCCCCGCGGCUUCCAUUCCGAGUGGCACUAAAAUAGAUCCGUCAAUAAUCAAGAUCAAUAUCAACAAACACGCGCCAGCGCGUCGUGAAAAAAUGUCUACCUCAUCAUCAGCAGGCGCGGGAGGACCAGUUCCGUCAAACCCCCACCCCAUCCCCUUGACGGAAUCUGAAGUUCUGAUCCGCGGAUUCCUCGCUGCUAACCCGGAGCUCGGCGACGAUAAAUCGAAUCCUAUCGAGAUGAUGACCGAUCGGUAUACUAACGAGGAGUGGAAGGCGCAAAUCGAUGAGACCAUCAAGAAUGUUAUGAAAGAGGUGGACAGUGGAGAAAGGGCUAAGAAGGUUUACGAAGGCCCAAGGAUGAGGAAUGGAGAAGAAGCGCUGAAAGAGUUGGCUAAGACGGUGGAUCAUACCGUGCUCAAGUUGGAUGCGACGACAACCGCUAUCGAUGGGCUGUGUAGUGAGGCAAGGACGGAAAACUUCAAGUCAGUCUGCGUCCGCCUCAACUACGUCCAACGCUGCGUUUCCAACCUCAAGGGCACUGACGUCCUCGUCGCCUGCGUCGUCGGUUUCCAUGAAGGAACCCAAGACACAUACUACAAGCUGCAAGAAGCACGUGCCGCCGUAGCAGCGGGUGCCGCAGAACUCGAUGUCGUCCUCAACUAUUCCUUACUCACCAAGCACAACCGACCUGCUUCCCCACCAGCAGACCACAUGCUCACCGCCCGUGACUCAGCAAUUGACAGCAUCACCGCUGCCAACACAGCCAUCAACGCCGGAAGCAGCGACAUUGAAGAAGAAGAAACAGGAGAAAUCCCAGACUACAGCGCCAUAUACAGGGAAUUGGCUAGCAUAAGAAGUCUCUGCCCUGCCCCUACAACACUCAAACUCAUCCUCGAAACUUCGCAAUUGAAUUCUGCCCAGAUUCUUGCGGCGUCUCAUCUUGCCGCUGCCGCUAGCUUCGACUUUAUCAAGACAUCUACAGGCUUCAACGGUCCGGGCGCUAAUCUUCCCAAUGUGAAGCUCAUGGUAGCUGCGGCAGAGUACCUUGCAUCGCGUAAAAUAGGCAAGAAGAAGAUGGAAGUCAAGGCCAGUGGUGGAGUCAGGGACUUGGACACUGCGGUGAAAAUGCUAGAGGCUGGCGCAACGAGGCUGGGAACUAGUUCAGGCCUGUGGAUCAUGCAGGAGGCGAGAGCCAAGGUAGGCGAGGAGAGGGUUGCGGCUGGGUUGAAUUCUGAGGGCAGGAGACCUAGCCCGGUCACGCGGUUAUACACCGAUGAAUCUGAGUACUAGAGAUAUCAAGUAGUAAAGAGAAAAUUCAGACACUUGAUCAACAGC